AUGCAGUCGGUUCUAUACCACUGCGCUCAUCUAGAGGAACCACGCGCUCCACUCCCGCCAUCGUACCCGUCAAGCUUUGCAGACUUUGCACCUCUCAACCACCUCUACUUCUGCGAAGAAUGCGACGCCAUCAGGUGUGACGACUGCGUCGCCAUAGAGGUCGCCAGCUACUACUGCCCCAACUGCCUCUUUGACGUUCCCGGAGCCAACGUCCGCGCAGACAAGAGCAGAUGUGCACGGUCCUGCUUCUCGUGUCCCGAGUGCUCAAGCUGUCUCAACGUCCUCGCCUCCGAACAAGCCAGUGACUCGUCGCGGGCGGCCACGGCCUCGGGUACCUCUGCAACGCACUCGAGCAGUGCACCUUACCUCCUCUCGUGUCCGGCAUGCAAAUGGUCCUCCAAAGAGAUUGGCUGGAAGUUUGACAAGCCCACAAGUCUUGCCAGCCAACUGUCCCAAGUCUACUCUGCACCAGAGGAUGUACAGGCAGAGUUUGAUGCGCUCAAGGACCACCUUGAAGGCUACAUUUCCCAGUCAGCGCCGCCACCCACGGCCGGGAAGGGUUCUGGACACCAUCGCACUCCUUCUCGACACAUUGCGCAGAUCACCCAGGCGGCUGCGCGCGCUCUGAGACGCGAAGUACCCGGCAUGGGUGGCCCACGUACAGGUGCAGCAGCGAGGAGAAAGGCCGGAGAAAAGAGCGACAACAGGGCUGGAUGGGACCAGCUUGCGCCAUACGAGGCCAAGGACAGCUGGAAGGAGGAAGGCUUGCAGCGUGGAGUGGACGACGUCGACACCAUGCGCAAGCUGACAGGCGAAGAGGUUGCUCCGAUUGAGAAGCGGUGGACGAGCGCAUGGGAACCGCCACGCAUGUCAAGCGAGACGAUGCCUCAGAGGAUACCGCUGCAGGCCAAGUUGACCAAACGCUGCCCGCACCCUACCUGCCGACACAUUCUCAUCCAGCCAGACACCAAGACUGUGCGGAUGCUUAUCAAGAUGGUGGGAGGAAACUAUCUGCCAGCCAUUGAACUUGGCCGUCGGCGGCGCCGCCUCGUGGACGAAGCACUUGACGGCCUCACCGAGGAGGAGCUCGAACGCAGGAGACGCGAACGCCGGCGUACGCGUAUCAACCUCGCCCGUGAAGAGGACGAGGACAUGACUGAGCCCCUGCACCCAGGAGAAGUUUACACGUUUCAGCUUGCAUUCACCAACCCUCUGUACGACCCGGUCCAGGUCCGACUGGGUGCGGCACACCAGCCUCGAGGCCCAGUUCAGCCUAGCCACCACAUAUUCACGCCCACGGCGCAUUUCACUGUCGGUCCACUCAAGGAUGCGUGGGCAUACGACGAAGAGGACGAAGAUGACAAUGUCGAGGACGACGCUGGUACUGGAGGUGCUGCCGGUCACGGUGGCGACUCUGUAUCCGAGCGAGCCAAGGCGCGUAUGAGCCUUGCGGGCUUGCCUUCUUCGCGGCACCGUGGCCGCGAGGCUGAGGUGGAGAAGAGGGGUAACGUUACAAAAGUCGGUCUUGAAGUGGAAGUGCUGCCAGGUGCAUCGGGCCCUGUCGAGUUUGACCUCGAGAUCCGAUUCACCUACCGUGCAGACGACGCUGAAGGUGGAGCCGGCCCUGCUGAAGGACCUGGGGAGGCAGCAGUCACAGGCAGCGGAAAAGACGCCAAAGAAGAGUACAAGACGUUUACCUUUUGGACGCGCGACAUCAGAGACAUGGACGCGGCAGUGGCUGUCGAUGGUCAGCCUGGUUUGGGGCUUCUGACCCAACGUGUGUGGACAAGCACGAGGCCAAAUGGUGCACCACCGCCAGGGGGAAUCGAGCUUGCCGGGCCCGCUGACAUGCAGAAGGGUGGGCAGGCAGAACGAGAUGGGGCCUAG